GGAUGAUGGGAGUGUGAGAGGAAGAGAUAGCAGGGAGCAAGAAAAAGGGGGAGUGAGCGGUAGAGAGAGAGAGUGGGAGAGAGUUAAAGAGGGAAAGAACAAGGAGAAAGGAGAGGUAGAAAGAGGAAGAGAGCAAAAGGGUAGCUAUGUAUUUCUGUGGGAGGGUAACAGCGCUCAAUUCCUGGGAGAUGGGAUGAAGUGAACACACAGUAUGGAGAGACAAAAACGGGCUUAGAGGACAAAGAAAAAUAAACACAAACAUCAAAAGAGACGUUGCCCCUGUGUGUCCCACUCAGCAGCGCAAGCCAUCCUCCACAUGGAAGAGGCAGACCCGGGAAAGCAGCACAGCACUCAGUAAUGGAGAUCGAAACAUUGACAAUAUCUCCCUGGGGUCAUGAGUUUAUCCCCCACUACCUCUUCAACAGCAUACGUUAAAGUUGUCAGGACAUUCCUUCUGCCCUCCCCUAUGCUCAGAGACCAUGGGAAGCGUCGGCAGCCUCAUCUCAGGUCACAGUCUUCACAGCAAGCACUGUCAGGCCACAGAGUACAAAUUAAAGAAAGCGGGCCAUCACCGGAAGACAGGCCGGAGCCUGGAUGGUCUACUGAAGUACAGCUUUGCACAGGGAUCCUCCAACCACACACCUAAAGCAAUCUCUCAGGCAGGCAGGAGUGAGGACUUCUUUUACAUAAAAGUGAGCCACAAGCCGUGGAUGACUCACCACAGAGGCAUCCCAGCAGAGGACCAUUUAGGAGAGGGACAUUGUACUGAUAUGGAACCAGACAGUAGAGUGCCACCUAAAUUGCUGCCUACAUCUGGGAAACUGGAGAAGAAUAUUGAGAAAGCUUUGAUCCGGCCCACAGCCUUCAAGCCAGUCAUCCCUAGGAGCACCUCUUCCACAGAGACUCGCGACAAUCUCACCCACCUGCUUAUUCCCCCAGAAAGGACCAGAGACUCCCAGGGGCCCAAACAGGACACCUUUUCAGGGACACUCUCAGACUCUGGGCAGGAUUCAAUGUCCAGCCUGCCUACUCACAGCACCAAUGGGAGCCUCAGUGCUUCCACAGGCCCAUUGUCUCAGUGUGCAGGAGGCUCAGCCCAUGGCAUGACCCAUCCCCUGCAGCCCCCCCGCUCUACAUGGACCAAUGGGAAUGGCAUUAUUGCCAGUGCUAGGGUCGCAGCUCUAAGCAAUGGUGGGGCAGUGAAGGCUAACAGGGAUGCCAUCUCCAUACUGUCCACUCAGCAGCCUAUCCCUCUAUUGGAGGAGAUGGGAGGCUGUAAUCGCUCUCCCAUCUCAAUGGACGAGUCCCUCAUUGAGCUGCUGGAGAAGAGGCUGCUGGAGAGUGAGACAGAGCUGCAGGAGCUGCAGGUGAGCUUUGAGGAGAAAGAGGUGGACACUUGCCAGCUGUUUGAGGAGAGGCAGAGGUAUUGUGUUGAGGAGAUGGAGGGCCUGAAGCAGCGGUGCUCCACCAAGCUCAGGCAGGUCUCGCAGAGGGCCGUGAGGAACCACCAGGCCUUGCAGCUGCAGGUCAGUCAGCUGCAACAGGACAAGCAGAAGCUCCAGGAUGAUCUGGCCAGGAUGACCCAGGAGAAGGACCUGACAGAGGUCAAACUGAGGUCAUUUGAGAGGGAGAAAACCCAGCUAGAGCCCACCUUAGAGGAGACCCAGUGGGAGGUAUGUCAAAAGACUGGGGAGAUCUCCCUGUUGAAGCAGCAGCUCAGGGACUCCCAGGCUGAUGUCACUCACAAGCUGAAUGACAUCGUCAGCCUCAAGGCCUUGCUGAAGGAGACUCGGGCCAAAAUGGAGGCAUUAGAGCAGCAGAACAAAGAACAAGAGGACAAGAUACGCUCUCACAGUGUGGAGGUCGAGGUAUGCCACAAUGAGCUCCAGCGCAAGAAGAACGAGGCUGAUCUUCUAAGAACAAAGGUGGGCAUACUGGAGACAGACAUCAAAGGAAUGAAAAAGGAUCUGGCCCUUGCAAAAGAACAGAAGCAGCAGCAGAAGGCCAAACUGGAGGCCCAGGCCCAGGCCCAGCAGAGGUCAGACCAGAGUGGGGGGAGUGAAGGGUGCAUGAGCACUUACUCCCUCCAGGGAGAGGUGGAGAGACUGAAAGGAGAGCUCAGGGAAAAGAGAGAGAUUCAGGAGAGGCUGUCGAACAGCUUUGAGCAUGAGAGACAGACGUGGAACAAGGAGAAGGACAGAGUCAUCAAGUACCAGAACCAGCUUCAGCUUAACUAUCUGCAGAUGCACAAGAAGAACCAAGACUUGGAGAGAAUCCUGCUGGAGCUCACAGUGGAGCUGGAGAGUCGGUCGGAGCUCGACGUGGACAUCCACAGCUCAGGGUUUCACUAUGAGGAUAUGAUCGCCACAGAAAUUUGAGGGAGAAAUGCACAGAGAAUAAUAAAACAAUAUAAUCAACUGUUAUAACAGGGUAAUUAAACAAUCAUAUUAAACAUAUAAUUUGUUAUAUCUGGCCAGAAAACAGAUGAUCCAUUGCUGCCUUGGCAGGUGCAGCUUUUUAAAGGUUAUCAAGUUGGCUAACAUAAUGCUGCACAAUAUGACAGAAUUGGGGUCAGGUCUGACUACUAAAAUCACUGUAAUUCUCUAUGACUGUGUAAAGCAGGCUUUAAGCUUUUGUUACGUUACCCAUAGGGUUGAUUUCCCAGAAACAGAUGAAGCCUAGUCUUGGACCAAAAAAUUUUUGGGAUGGAGAUUCAAGACGAGGCUUAAUCUGUGUCCAGGAAACCGUCCCAUAAUGUUCAAUUGACAGUAGCCUACAAAGUGGUUAUUCCUCUUCAGCCGUUUCCCAGUACUAUAGUUAAAUUAAGGCAUUCGUUCUGCAUGUGACAAGUCCUACAUAGGAUGUUGCAAGUCUCCACAACAACCUCUGAGACUCAUCGAUAUGACGUGAUUUAUUUGUAUUUAACUUUUUUGAUCACAAGCAUCACUGUGGCCAGAGAUAUUGCAGAGAGUGUGAGGCAAGAGGAUGCCCUCGUCAGCACCCACACAGAUACUGGCUGGCAUCUGCAUGUGUAUGGGAGUUCACAUCUCUCUCCUGCAACAUGAUAUAGUAGCUGCAUGGCAACAAAUGCUGAGGAGUGCAGCCUCCUGCGUCACACAGUCUUUAUUUUUGUCGGAAGUCGCCCCACUCUUUGUGGUAACCGUAUGGCUGAGUCUGCCUAAGUGUCAAACCACUGGAUGUAUAUUUUGUGAAUUAUCAUCAGUAUUAUUUAUUGAUAGAAGUGACACAGAUGUUCAACACAGUAUUGUACUGAUUACUGUUUGAAAGGAACUCAUUAAACUGAGAUGAUAAAGAAUGUA